CGCGCUCCCCGGAGCGCUGGAGACCACCGCGGGGGGCCCCUUCAGCCCUCAGGAGAAACGAUCUUGGAGGUAUUGAUUUCGGUGGUUGGAUUUUUUCCCGUGGAUCUAUCAAAUUCUCAUUUCGAUUUUGGAAGAAAGAAGGAAAACAUGACGUCUCCAGCCAAAUUCAAAAAGGAUAAGGAGAUCAUAGCAGAGUACGACACUCAGGUCAAAGAGAUCCGCGCUCAACUCACAGAGCAGAUGAAAUGUCUGGACCAGCAGUGUGAGCUCCGGGUGCAGCUGUUGCAGGACCUCCAGGACUUCUUCCGAAAGAAGGCUGAGAUUGAGAUGGACUACUCUCGCAACCUGGAGAAGUUGGCUGAACGUUUCCUGGCCAAGACGCGCAGCACCAAGGAUCAGCAAUUCAAGAAGGAUCAGAAUGUUCUUUCUCCAGUCAACUGCUGGAAUCUCCUCUUAAACCAGGUGAAGCGGGAGAGCAGGGAUCACACUACCCUGAGUGACAUCUACCUGAAUAAUAUCAUUCCUCGAUUUGUCCAAGUCAGCGAGGACUCAGGAAGACUCUUUAAAAAGAGUAAGGAAGUCGGCCAGCAGCUCCAAGAUGAUUUGAUGAAGGUCCUGAACGAGCUCUACUCGGUCAUGAAGACAUAUCACAUGUACAAUGCCGACAGCAUCAGUGCUCAGAGCAAACUAAAGGAGGCGGAGAAGCAGGAGGAGAAACAGAUUGGCAAAUCCGUGAAGCAGGAGGACCGGCAGACCCCACGCUCCCCUGACUCCGCCGCCAAUGUGCGCAUCGAGGAGAAGCAUGUCCGGAGGAGCUCAGUGAAGAAGAUUGAGAAGAUGAAGGAGAAGCGCCAAGCCAAGUACACAGAGAAUAAGCUGAAGGCCAUUAAAGCCCGGAACGAGUAUUUACUGGCACUGGAAGCCACCAAUGCAUCUGUCUUCAAGUACUACAUCCACGACCUGUCUGACCUUAUUGAUCAGUGCUGUGACCUAGGCUACCACGCUAGCCUGAACCGGGCUCUGCGCACCUUCCUCUCUGCGGAGCUGAACUUGGAACAAUCGAAGCACGAGGGUCUGGAUGCCAUCGAGAAUGCAGUGGAAAACCUGGAUGCCAUCAGUGACAAGCAGCGCCUCAUGGAGAUGUACAACAAUGUCUUCUGUCCCCCUAUGAAGUUCGAGUUCCAGCCCCACAUGGGCGACAUGGCUUCCCAGCUGUGUGCCCAGCAGCCUGUCCAGAGUGAGCUGGUACAGAGAUGCCAACAAUUGCAGUCUCGCUUAUCCACUCUGAAAAUUGAGAAUGAAGAGGUAAAGAAGACAAUGGAGGCCACCCUUCAGACCAUCCAGGACAUUGUGACUGUAGAAGAUUUUGAUGUGUCUGACUGCUUCCAAUACAGCAACUCCAUGGAGUCUGUCAAGUCCACAGUCUCAGAAACCUUCAUGAGCAAGCCUAGCAUCGCUAAGAGGAGAGCCAACCAGCAAGAAACAGAGCAGUUUUAUUUCACGAAAAUGAAGGAGUACCUGGAGGGCAGGAACCUCAUCACCAAGUUACAAGCCAAGCACGACCUUCUGCAGAAAACCCUGGGAGAAAGUCAGCGGACAGAUUGCAGUCUGGCCAGGCGUAGCUCCACUGUGAGGAAACAGGACUCCAGCCAGGCUAUUCCUCUGGUGGUAGAAAGCUGUAUCCGGUUUAUCAGCAGACACGGACUACAGCAUGAAGGAAUUUUCCGGGUGUCAGGAUCCCAAGUGGAAGUGAAUGACAUCAAAAAUGCCUUUGAGAGAGGAGAGGACCCCCUGGCUGGGGACCAGAAUGACCAUGACAUGGACUCCAUAGCUGGCGUCCUGAAGCUUUACUUCCGGGGGCUGGAACACCCUCUCUUCCCCAAGGACAUCUUCCAUGACCUGAUGGCCUGCGUCACAAUGGACAACCUACAGGAGAGAGCACUACACAUCCGGAAAGUCCUCCUGGUCCUGCCCAAAACCACUCUGAUUAUCAUGAGAUACCUCUUUGCCUUCCUCAAUCAUUUGUCACAGUUCAGUGAAGAGAACAUGAUGGACCCCUACAACCUCGCCAUCUGCUUCGGGCCCUCGCUGAUGUCAGUGCCGGAGGGCCACGACCAGGUGUCCUGCCAAGCCCACGUGAAUGAGCUGAUCAAAACCAUCAUCAUCCAGCACGAGAACAUCUUCCCCAACCCCAGGGAGCUGGAGGGCCCUGUCUACAGCAGAGGAGGCAGCAUGGAGGAUUACUGUGAUAGCCCUCACGGAGAGACUACCUCGGCUGAAGACUCAACCCAGGAUGUGACCACAGAGCACCACACAAGUGAUGACGAGUGCGAGCCUAUCGAGGCCAUCGCCAAGUUCGACUACGUGGGCCGGACAGCUCGAGAGCUGUCUUUUAAGAAGGGGGCAUCCCUGCUGCUCUACCAGCGGGCUUCUGACGACUGGUGGGAAGGCCGGCACAAUGGCAUUGACGGGCUCAUCCCCCACCAGUACAUCGUGGUCCAAGACACCGAGGACGGUGUCGUGGAGAGGUCCAGUCCCAAGUCUGAGAUUGAGGUCAUUUCUGAGCCACCUGAAGAAAAGGUGACAGCCAGAGCGGGGGCCAGCUGUCCCAGUGGGGGUCAUGUAGCCGAUAUUUAUCUUGCAAACAUCAACAACACCUUACAUCUUGAGAACUCAAAGCCUACAACCACCAAGCAAAGGAAGCGUCCAGAACCUGGGAGCAUCCGGAAAACAUUUCGGAGCGACAGCCAUGGGCUGAGCAGUUCCCUGACUGACUCCUCCUCCGCGGGGGUGGGAGCUGGCUGUCGCCCAUCCUCCCAACCCAUCUUGAGCCAGAGCCUCCCCAAGGAAGGGCCAGAUAAGUGCUCCAUCAGUGGGCAUGGCAGCCUCAACUCCAUCAGCCGCCACUCUUCCCUGAAGAAUCGGCUGGACAGUCCUCAGAUCCGGAAGACCGCCACAGCAGGAAGGUCAAAAAGCUUCAAUAACCAUCGACCCAUGGACCCUGAGGUCAUCGCACAGGAUAUUGAGGCAACAAUGAACUCUGCCCUGAACGAGCUGCGCGAGUUGGAGCGGCAGAGUAGUGUCAAACACACUCCCGACGUGGUUCUGGACACCUUGGAGCCCCUCAAAACCUCCCCUGUGGUGGCCCCCACAUCGGAGCCCUCCAGCCCCCUGCACACCCAGCUUCUCAAGGACCCCGAGCCUGCUUUCCAGCGCAGCGCCAGUACCGCUGGGGACAUCGCCUGCGCCUUCCGGCCUGUCAAGUCUGUCAAGAUGGCUGCUCCAGUCAAACCACCAGCCACACGGCCCAAGCCCACUGUCUUCCCCAAAACAAAUGCCACUAGCCCUGGUGUCAACUCAUCAGCUUCCCCACAGUCUACUGACAAGUCUUGUACUGUCUGAGGGGUAUAAUUUAAUCAUUCUAGACAAGGGGACUGUAGGGACUGACUGUUAUAAAAAUCUUCCUAUUUAACUAGCUUGGGGACUUCAGUUGAAAGUUAGAUUCUAAGUUGUUCUUGCAGGAAUUAGCCUCCCCAUCUCCCCAAACCCUGAGAAUGAAGCCCUUGUUAUCUUCCUUUCCCUUCCCUUCCCACUGCCCUCUGCUUCCCCAGUCGUCGUAAUCCAGCCAGCUGCAGUGCAUACUGUUCUUAGGUUAGCCAGAGACAGAGUUUUUCAUUAUCAAGUCACUGUGAAAUCUGGCAAGGUAAAUUAUGAGGAUGUGGGCUCAAGCCUCAGUCCCCUCAGACCACAGGGGAGGCCUUGACCAGAUGGUUGGCUACUGCCAUCCAGCUCUCAGUGGCAUCUUGUUUUGGGUACUAAUUAUAGGGAAUCAUAUAUAAUCCAUUCUUCAUGUUACACACACACAUGCACACACACACACAUACACACGUACACACGUAGGUUUUUCUAGUCUCUGGCAUGUGUAGCCCUCCUGGUCAUAGACCAGUCUCUGUAAGUUAUUGUGGCAGUUCACACAGGAGCCACCAGGGGUCUCUGUUUCCGUUACAAACUUUGUUCUGUCUGGGCCAGAGAACCUAGCCUUUGAAAUCUCUCCAUCUUCUGAAAUUUAGCAGGGUGGGACAAUCCUGUGGUCUGUUUGGGGUUGGGGGCUUUCUCUCUGUCUUCUUUCUAUUGUGAAUUGGUCAUUCGUGUUUGCUUUCGCUCUCCUCCAUUGUCUAGAAGUACAAGCCAAUCUUAUUAAGGAGCUUUUAAAGUUUUUCUGAAUGUAUAGACAUUUCUUGGAUCCCUAUCUUUGUCUCUGAUGGACCAUUUUCAAUUUAAGACAUUUUCCUGUGUAAGACAGUUUUAUAACUGGUUCAUUUUAGGGUAAAGAGUCUUAAAAGAAUUUUAUCGUGUUGAUGGCAGGUCUAAAAAAAAAAAAA